AUGGUGAAGAAAGGGGCUUUGGCAUGGGAAAAUGAAAUUCUGGGCAGGAAACCAGACUUAGCUGAAGUUGAGAAACCAUCUGCCCUUGCUCUGAUGGCGGAGAAGGUCACUGUCCCGAGCUCCGAUUCCAGCUGCAGCAUUUCAUCGCUCUCCAGCGCGCUGUCCAACACCAGGCUGGACUCGGAAAGCUCGGCUGCUCGCGAUCGACCGAAUGUGCCCCGACCGGCCGUCGCCAGUGUUAAUGAACAGAGGCGCCAACGCCGGUGGGCGGACAACCGAAAUGAGACUCGUGUUCUGGUGAUAGAUACUGGAGGGACUAUGAGCAUGGAAUAUGAAAAUGACGUACUUGUACCAAAACCAGGGGCACUGGUCAAAGCCCUUCGAAAAAUGACAAUCCUGCAUGAUGAAGAUUAUGCUCAAGAAACCAAACUUUAUGACUUUUGUGACUCACAAAACAAUACUUUUGUUCUUCCUCUAUCUAAAUCGAGGAAAAGGAUCAUAUACACUGUACUUGAACAUUCACCUUUGCUGGACUCCUGUAACAUGACCACAGAUAAUUGGGAUAAAAUUGUGCUUGAUAUACAGUAUUACUACCAACAGUACAGUGGUUUUGUGAUCCUUCAUGGUACAGAUACAAUGACUUACACAGCUUCAGCCCUUUCAUUCAUGUGUGAGAACCAAGGAAAGCCCAUCAUCUUGACUGGCUCUCAGAUACCCAUCUAUGAGAUGAGAAAUGAUGCCAUUGAUAAUUUGCUGGGGGCACUGCUGAUUGCCGGCCAGUAUGUUAUACCAGAGGUUGGUCUGUAUUUUCAACACAGAUUAUACAGAGGAAAUCGGGUGAAAAAAAUUGAUGCUGGAAGCUUUACUGCAUUUUCUUCACCUAACCUGAGUCCACUUGUCAUUACUGAACUGGAAAUUGAAGUCAACUGGGACACAAUUUGGAGACCAAAGACAACUAAGAGGUUUAAGGUACACACCAAAAUGAAUCAGAAUGUGGGAUUGUUAAGAUUAUUCCCAGGAAUCACUGCUGUCACGGUACGAGCAUUUCUGCAAGCACCUAUGGAAGGAAUUGUGUUGGAGACAUAUGGAAUGGGGAAUGCUCCAGAUAAUCGUCCUGAUUUAUUGAAGGAAUUUGCGGAAGCUGUUGAACAUGGAGUGUUGAUAAUAAACUGCACUCAGUGUUUGAAAGGCUCAGUUAAUCAAUCAUAUGCAACAGGGAAGGUUCUCACUGACCUCGGUGUCAUUCCUGGAUGUGAUAUGACACCUGAAGCUGCUUUGGCCAAACUGUCCUAUGUACUGGGUAAGACUAAACUGAGUAUACAGGAGAAGAGGAAGAUGCUGUAUGAAAACCUGAGAGGAGAAAUGAGUGCAACACUUGGGGAUGCAAAGAUCUCUCUUCGAGACAGUCAAUUCAUUCAAGCCAUUGCCAAGUUUCUCAAAGCCAGCUGCAAAGAGGAACUGGAGGCUAUCUGAGAUGCUCUGACUCCUUCAUUAGCCUGUGCGGCUACAAAGAUUGGUAAUAUCACUAUGUUGGAGGAGAUACUGGAAAUGGGUGGGAACUUGUGCGCCGAGGAUUAUGAUGGACGAACACCACUCCAUGUGGCAGCUUGUGAGGGACACCUUGAAGUUGUAGGGUACCUGCUUAGUCAUGGAGCCACUAUUUAUGCCAAAGAUCGGUAUGGUAAUACACCACUGAAGAAUGCAGUGGAAUUCAGGCAAAUCGAAAUCAUCAAGUUAUUACUGGAGACUGGUGCCCAUUUCUCAAAAGACGAGCUUGGAAAUUUGGGCACUGACUUGUGCCGCCUGGCUUCAUAUGGUGACGUAGAAGGACUGAAGGCUUGGCACCUUGCAGGGCUGGACCUGGACCAAUGCAGCUACGAUGGACAAAAUCCUCUGGAAGUUGCUUUAGCUGCUGGGAAUGAAGAAGUGGUCACAUUCCUUAAGUCAGUGCUCAAGCAAAACUAGCAGGUAUCCCCCAUCAAGAAAAAUGAGAUUUACAUUCUGGAGUGUCUGCACAAUCAAAAAUCA